GGUCUUUGUUUUAAACUUUGCCUUCACCGAAGCCUUUUCUCAUCAUGCCAAGCCAGCAGAAGAAGAUCAUCUUUUGCAUGGCUGGCGUAUUGAGCUUUCUCUGUGCUCUCGGAGUGGUGACCGCAGUGGGAACCCCACUGUGGGUGAAAGCCACUAUCCUCUGCAAAACAGGGGCUCUGCUUGUCAAUGCGUCAGGGAAGGAGCUGGACAAGUUCAUGGGCGAGAUGCAGUAUGGUCUUUUCCACGGAGAAGGCGUAAGGCAAUGCGGGUUAGGAGCAAGGCCUUUCCGGUUCUCAUUCUUCCCAGAUUUGGUUCAAGCCAUCCCUGUAAGCAUCCACGUCAAUAUUAUUCUCUUCUCCAUGAUUCUUGUCGUCUUAACCAUGGUGGGGACAGCCUUCUUCAUGUACAAUGCUUUUGGCAAGCCCUUUGAAACUCUGCAUGGACCACUGGGGCUCUAUCUGGUCAGCUUCAUUUCAGGAUCCUGUGGCUGUCUUGUCAUGAUACUGUUUGCCUCUGAAGUGAAAAUCCACCGCCUUUCAGAGAAAAUUGCAAAUUUUAAAGAAGGGACCUAUGCCUACAAAACGCAAAACGAAAACUAUACCACCUCAUUCUGGGUUGUUUUCAUUUGCUUUUUUGUUCAUUUUUUGAAUGGGCUCCUGAUACGACUUGCUGGAUUUCAGUUCCCUUUCACAAAAUCUAAAGAAACAGAGACCACUAACGUAGCUUCAGAUUUAAUGUACUGAAAAGCAAAUAUCGCCGUAAUUUCUCAAUAAGGAUAUGGACUUGCGUUGGCCACAUUUAGUCUGUGCCUUUAGACUUCUUAAGCACCAAGCCCUCCUUCUGUUACAUUUACAGGGCGUGUAGUAAGGAUUCAGGCUGAAAAAUAACGGGAGCAGAAGGAUGGUUUCAGAAGGGUGCUCUGUCUAGUGGGUAACUGCCACCAUAGGCAGUUGGCUAGAUGGACCGAUGGAUGGAUGGUCACUCCAUGUCCUUACUGAACGAUAAAGUACAUGUUCUACUAAGGAGAACUCAACAAGCACGUGGCAUAUAGUUUAAUAAAAUAGAUGUUAUUUC